CGAUACUACAGCCAUAAAACGAAUUAUAAUUGAUGGUGUAUUUCUUAUUUAACAAAACUGUAACGUAAUCUAUAAAUCCAAAGCGAAAUUAUCCAUUUUUGAAAUCGAAAUCCGUAUUCACCACCACGAAGCUACUUUCUCCUUGUCAUGGAAUGUUUUAAGAAAAAGAGUUAAUACAAGCGCGAGCUGAUGCAAACUUGUCUGGCAGCUGGCGCUCGGUUUUGACAUUUGCCAGUGGAGUGAGUUUCUAGUGCUUUCGUUGUGCGAGGCAAGUAGCGUUUCACGGAUACGUAAUAUGGUGCAUUUAUUUUACCACAUGACAGAUAUUUGACAUUAUUUGAGGAGGUGGAGUGUGAUAGAAUUAGAAUUAUGGCUCAAGUACAAUUUGUGGAAGAAUUAAUUAGAGAAUAUCUGAUUUUUAGAGGUUUUAGUUCUACUGUCAAAGCAUUUGAUUCCGAAUUGAAAGUAGAUAAAGACAAAGGAUUUCGGGUUGAUAAAAUUGUAGAGUUGCUUCUUCAGCAUGUAACAUCAUGUGAUUUAACAUCUUUACGUGAACUUUGGCUACAUUUAGAUCAGAAGGUGUUUUCGAAAUUGGAACAUCACUUCAUUCCAGGCAAGUGUACAAGAGCUUUUGGUAACAUUAUUAAUUUUCAUGCAGUGCUUCCUUUCGUGAGAUACCCUGAAGAAAAUCCUAUCUUUGCUGUACAUUUUACGAAGCAAUGGCAAGAUACAUUGCUUGUGUCAUUGCAUAAUUUUUUGGCUACAAUCUUCCAGUGCAUGCCUUUGCCUGUACUGUGUGCAUAUGAAGAUGAGACUGCACGAAUUCGCCGUCUUGUUGAUGAAAAUGAGUCAUUAAAGCUUAAAUUAGCUACUCUGUCAGAGAGUGGUCGUGGAAGCAAUACUCAAAGUGAAUCUGCUGUGCAGUUUACAUCUGACUCUUCACCGUCUGGUACAGAUCUUAUGGAUGACUUCUAUGUUAUUGCACAAAGCAAUUUCAGCAACAGUUCAGAGGUGAUUGUUCUCCAUCAGGCAAGAAACAAGUCGGGUAUUUUCUGUCGUCCUGGUAGGAGAGACUUGGGGUCAUUUGGAGGGCUAUUAGCAAAACUCUUUCGUUAUCCUCUGGAGCUGUUUUCAAAUAUUCUCUUACCAAAGAUCUGUGCAGGAAAAUAUCCUUAUAGACUUUUCUGGGAGGCAUUGUCCAUAAGUGCAGAAAAUCAAAGUAAAACCUUGAAGAGUUUAAUUCGCAAUAUUGGUACAGGUUUACCAACUAGUCCCAUUCUUGUAAGAAGAGUUUCGCAACAACAACACCAGCCGCCUCAAGGUCAAAAGAAACUUAGUUCUUCAGAAGAAUAUGUUCAUAAGAAGUCAGUCCAGAAACCUCGACCAACCUCAACUUUGGGAACUUCUGUGAACAGCCGACCAUCCACAUCACCUGCAUCAACAGAUAUACCUUCAGCCCCAGCAAGACGUUCUGAAACACGAACAGGACCUCUGGCAGAGGGCACUGAGAAGAAGCAAGAACCAAACACGACCACUGCCGUGGGAAAUGUUGAAUCAACAAUCUCUGCUCCUACCAGUAACUUCUUACUUCUCAGCCAGGAACAGUAUGCUGAACAUCGGGCUUCCAUCACCCAAUGCCGCUUUAAUAGUGCUGGUUCAGCAAUAGCAAGUUGUGACACCGAUGGAGUUGUUAAGCUUUGGACUCUCACUCCUACUCCCAAAACAUCUGCAACCUUUGUCUCAAAAUCCAGUGCAUUGUCAUUGGCCUGGGUUACAAAGAAUGAACGCUAUUUUCUUACUGGCCAUAAAAAUGGGUUGGUGAGAUUAUAUGAUUCACAUGACAAUAAAAUGGUUUGGGAAAUAGGAACAGAUUCUGCUGGAUCACUUACUCAAGCCAGCAGUGUCCUGGAUUUGUGCUGCAGUCCCAAUGAGACAAAUUUUGUUUGCUGUCUGGUUGACGGACAACAAAGUAAUCUUAGCAAAUUGCUAUUAUUUGAUUUAAAAACUAAAAAAUUGGAAAACUUCUAUCUUUUUGGUACUGGUAAUCACUAUGCAAAAUGCUGUGCUUUCAAUCACAAUGGUCAGCUGCUAUUCACUGGCUGCACAGAUGGUGCAGUGCGUAUCUUUGAUAUACGAAGUUCUGAUUGUAUAGAUGUGUGGCAUUUACAGAAAGAGCCUAUUGAAGCUAUUCAGUUAGUGGCUGACUACACUGCGUGUUUCACUCUCACUAGAGACUGUAAGCUACGACGUCAUUGUUUGAGUCAGAGAGGGCAGAUAUUAUCAGAACAUUACCUACCAGAUGUUGGAGCAUUGCAAAUCUUGCCUGAAGCUCAUGGACAAUUCUUCUCUUUAGACACAGCUGGUACAAAUGCAUUAUUGUGCGGUAACUCAGGUGGUGUUAUUGCUCAUGUGGGUACUUCUAAUGUAAGAAAACUGCUUGAUAUGGGAGGCCAUUGUGAGCCUGUUGUUGCUGUUGAUUGGGCUAUUGCUAAUCAAUGUGUUACAUCUGUUACUGCCUCCAGUGAUGGUAGAAUUCAACUCUCCACUCUCUUGACACCUUGAGACACUCAAAACUUUUAAUGAGUUGAAUGAUGUUAUCGGAUCGAUCUUCAUUGUUGUCUUUAAACAACAUCCUUCAUAUCACUACUUCAAUUCAAAACUAGAACAUCUUUAAAAGUAUUGUUUUGAGAAAAUAGAAUUUUAAGAUUUUGUUUAUAUGUGAUUAUUCAGAAAAUUGAAUAAGGAAAUUGAAUUCAUAUAUGAUACAAGUUGUAAACAAUUGUUUUGUGUUGGUUAAUUAUAAUCAACUAGUGGAUCCACCAUUCUUCGCUACUGCAGUGUUUUACACUUCACAUGCUACUGGUCACGUGAUUAUAAAUCACGUUUUAUGUUACGCUCUGCAGAUGUUUUAACACAUUUGAUCCUGAGGGAUACACCAUAUGGUUAACUCUUGUGUCCUGUGCAAUGUAUGUGUUAUACUAAAUAUGUAACAAAAACUAUUGUACACAUCAGUUGAAAAUUGAUAAAAUCUUGUAGUAUUGUCUUUUCUCUUUAAGUCUGUAUAUAUUUUAUGUUCGUUUGAUUGUGAUGAUAGUGAGAAGGGAUUUCAAAGAAACACGGUGAAUUUAGUAUGUCAACAAUUACUGGUGCACCACAAUUAUAUUUUGUUGAAGUUCAGAUAUAAUUCUAUUUGAAUAGUUUUAUUUCUGCCUUUAUUUUUCGAAAUAUACUGUGGUAAAAAAAUUAUGAAAAAUAGUCUAACUCAGUUGAGUCUUCAUUUACAGAAAAUUUUAUUUCACUGGUUUUCUCGAACACUGGUAAUUCAGAUUGUUUAUCAAUUUCACAGCAUUCUAAAGGAAAAGAAAACUCUUGAAUUUGAGAAAACUCGCCAAUAAAAUUAUUCACAUAAUUAUUACUCUCCUGAAUAUAAUUUUAAUUGCUCAAAGUAGACAACAGUCCUGGAAUAAAAUCGAUGUCCUCAUCACAAGAAUCCAGUUUCCAUCCAUUAUUCAAAACUCUUGAAAUUCUUGUGUUGAGUCACUGUGAAUUUUACAACUAUGUCUUCUAAACAACUGUUUAUGUAGCUAAUAGCACGAACACUACUUACAAAGAAAGACAUUCUGAACAUAAUCGAAAGUGCCCUCAAGCAUGAAUAUCCGAAUGUUUCCUGGAAAAAUUCCAAAUACUUGCAGACAAUAGAAAAACACAUUGGCGUUUGUCCUACAACCACCUUAAUCAUAUUAAAUAGCAAAUUCUAGGUGCUUUCGAAUGCCUGAGAUACAUUUAUUGUUUGUCAAAGACUAUAAAUGUAAGAGGACGUCUGACAUACAUCCAUUGGGCACUGAUGAAAAUUAAGAUGACAUAUCAGAUACAUCAGUAGGAUCGAAAGUAGCAAUAGAUGAAAGAUUUUCUUGUGAGUGCGAGUUUAUUCUAUGUCCUGGUUUGAUUGUGGUUGUCAAAACGUCUCACUCAAGUUUAGGCAUGCAUUCACUAUGAGAAGAAAUUACGUGUCCAAGAUAAUAUUCAAGUAAUAAUACCAGCAGAUGUUUCACAAUCGCAGGAGUAGAAUAUGAAGAGAAGAUGCACUUAGUACUUGGAGUGUGGCAGGUUGUGUAGAGCUUCUGUUCGGGGGUGCUUGAGUCAACACUAGCUUGAGCAUAAAUCCAUAAAAUAUCAUCAUCAAUACGCAUUGAUGGCAGACAUAUGCUCAUUCCCAUUUUGCUGUGCCUUUAAUUGUUUAUGCGCAAGUGUAAGCAAUAAGUUGACAAUAAGUUUUACCACAAUUGGAUGAACAGUAUGGCAGCGCAUAAAACAUAAACACAAACAAACAUUGAUUUUUGUAUAUUACAUCAAUUACUUACCUAUAAUUAAAUUAUAAAAUUAUAUUAUACUUAUGGUUAAAGAUGUCUUUC